AGUAGUAUCUCUGUAAAAGCUACGUGCAUUUAUUUUCUUAGUAGGACUUUACAUCAGCCCACCACUACAUUAAUACAUACGUUAUUCUAAAUACAAGAUUGACUCUGUCUUAUUUUCUUGGUUUUUGAGUCUUCUCAUUCUCUCGACACUGGUACCGUUACUUUUGGUGAAACUGCUUCUUGUGGAAAAGCCCCAACUUUUUUCUUGGCUUCUUGAUUCUCUAGAUUAACAAGCAUUAGAUUACUCAGUGGGCUGUCUAUUGCAUUUUGGGAACACUGAGUUACUGUUCUAUUGGGGUGUUACGGAGUUUUCUCUGGGUUACAGAACAACUUAUCAAUGGAUUUAAGGAGGAAUCCAACUGAUGAAUUUCAGCAGAAAGUUUACACUAGUAUUGCCACAGCUCUAGUUAGAGCAGUUCAUGAAUGGUUGCUGAUUUUUUUGCUCUUUAUUAAUGCUGGUUUCUCAUACUUAGUUACUAGGUUUGCUCGUUAUUGCCAAUUGCAAAUUCCGUGUUUGCUAUGCUCUAGACUUGAUCAUGUUCUGGGCAAUGAGAGAGGAGGUUUUUAUUGGGACCUAAUAUGCCACAAGCACAAGUUAAACAUUUCAUCUUUAGUUCUUUGUCAUCUUCACGACAACCUUGUUGAUGUUCAUGGAACGUGUGAAAGUUGUUUUUUUCUCAUUUGCCACAAUAAACAAGUCAAAUGCUGAAACAUAUAAAUUAUUGGUUGGCAAAUUGGGUGCUGAGCCUUGUUUUGGGCUUGAUCAAGGUUCUUUAUCUUGGGAACACAAUCUUGGUUCGACUGACACGAGAAAGUGUUUUUGUUGCAAUGAGAAAUUGAUAUCUACAAGUUAUGCCAAGAAGUUAAUUCAAACUAAGUCAAUCCGCUCUGAGGAUGCUGAGCUUGAUGUGCCUUUAUCCAAACCAUCUGCACCUAAUAGGGAUGAGUUGAAGGAGAUUAAAGAUGCAUCAUCUUACUUCCACCAUAUGGGGAAAAAUGAUGCUGAUCGUUUGUCACAUGUAGAAUAUUCAAAGAUCAAUGUUACUUCCGAUAGUGAAUCAGAAACUGCAUUUUCUGAUGAUGAAAGUACCCGUGCACUUAUUCGUGAAAUGGUGACUAUUCGUGAAAUGGAGUCACCAGAUAAAGAUUUAGCUGCUAUGUAUGUACAACCAGAACCUCGUGUUAUUGCUCGUGCUGAUAAUGAUGAUGCUGAUCCUUUGGCACGUGCGAAAUAUGCAAAGAUCAAUGUUACUUCUGAGGUUGAAUCUGGAACUCCAUUUUCUGAAGAUGAAAGUGCUUGUGCACUUAUUUGUAAAAUGGAGUCAUUGCACAAAGAUGUAGCCGCUGGGCAUGUACAACCAGAACCUCCAAUUAUUUCUCUUGCUGACAAUCCAGAUCCAGAGGAAUUGAUAUAUGCAGCUUCUUCAACCAAGCUUUCACUUUUGGAGUCAGAGGUGCAACUGGAAGCUAUUAAUUCCUGCUGUAAUACAAGAUCUGAGUCACCCAUUAGACAUCAUGGGUUGGAGGAACUUAACAGGCAGCAAGCUAACCACAAAGAUGAUGGUAUGUUACCAUCUGAGCUCAUAACUUCUGAUGAGGUACUUCAGCUGCCCAAGGUUUCUGGGUAUCAAAGAUGUGAAUCAAAAGAGACUGAUGCCAAAGCCAUGGCUGAAUUGGAGAGAGAAGUUACCUUGGAGGGUGGACAAACUUCUGGUUUGAAAGUGACACCACUUCAGCAAAUGAUGGCUGAUUCUUUGGAUCUUAGUGACGCCUAUAAAUUAGCUGUUGGCAACAGGGGAAGGCAGUUGUCCGGAAGACUUUUAGAACAACAGAGGUCUAUGAAGGAUUCUGAGAGAGCCAGCGCAGAUGUGAAGCUCUUGUUGUCACAAAUAUCUUCUCGGAGGAUUGAUCCGUCAUUAAAUGAUAUGAGCCCUAGGGUGUCUGCAAAUAGUGAUGAUUUUAGAACUUCCGAUGCUUCUAAUGCUAUUGGGAUGCUGAUAUCACAACGAGGGACAUCAUUUGAGAGAAAUGAAUCUAAUACAUCUCUUGAUGGAAGCACUGUCAGUGAAAUCGAAGGUGAAACUGUGAUAGAUCGAUUAACACGACAGGUUGAGCAUGAUAAAAAGGUAAUAGGUGCUUUGUAUAAAGAAUUGGAGGAAGAGAGAAAUGCUUCUGCAGUUGCUGCUAAUCAAGCAAUGGCGAUGAUUACUAGAUUACAGGAGGAAAAGGCAGCCCUCUAUAUGGAAGCAUUGCAAUGCCUAAGAAUGACGGAAGAGCAAGCUGAGUAUGAGGGUGAAGCACUACAGAAAGCAAACAACCUACUUGCAGAGAAGGAGAAAGAGAUUCAAAAUUUAGAGGCUGAACUUGAAGUGCACAAAAACAAACCCGGAGAAUCAUCUUCAUUAGGUCACUUUGUGAAGCCAAGUCAUAAAUCUGGUGCAGGUGAAUUGAAGGUAGCACAAUUAGAUUUGAACCGUAAAGAAUUUACGAACACUUCAUGUCACAGUUCAAAUGAUGAUAAAUUCGCUGUUAUCAAUAGAAUUGUUGAAGCACUGAAGUUGUCUGGGAAUGUGGACUAUAAUACCUCCGUAGAAGUUAAAGAUGAAAAACAAUAUGUCUUGCGAUGUUUGAAACAAUUAGAAGAAAAGCUUAAUUCAUUCUCAGAAAAUAAGGUAUACUCUGAGAUGACUGAUGGCGACUAUUCAACAGAGGAAGGAAGUGGUGUAAGUGGUUCCAAAAACCAUGAUUACAGGGAGUUGUAUGAAAGAAAUGGUGGACAUUUACAAAAGAUACUAAGCGAAGAAACCCUUCUGCUCAAGAACAAUCUGCUUUCUCCAUGAAAUUCUCAAUGUAUUAAUGAAGGAAAUGGUGGAUUCAAAUAUAAACAACAUGUCAGUCGAGAUUCCAGGUAGAUUCUCCUUCACAUGAGGUUUCUGUUUUUAGAAAAACAUUAGGAAGGGAGAACAAAGUUUUCUUGAACAUUCUGUUAUCACUUGAGAAAGGAACCUAGGGGCUGAAUGUAUUUGAGAAUACCUUCUCGCCCGCGAGAAGUACCUUCAACUCAGAUAAGAAUAACAAAACAACUUUCAAUGUGAAUUUCUGUAACCGAGUACCUUAGAGGUAAACACUUUACUAAAAUCAUCUUAUUCAUGUCUCCUUUCCCUUCUUAAUGUAUUUGACUCGUGAUAUUGUACAUAAUAGAUAUGUUUGCAAUUGAAUUACAAAUUAGUCAUUGGUUUGAAAUUAAUAAGGAAACUCUGUCCAAUCUCAUAUUAGGCUAGUCAUGUAUUUUACAUUUGCAAUCCUAGUUCAUGCCUUAUUUUCAAAAGUAAGUUGUGGCAAUACACGGGUAUGAAAUGGCAACAUGAAUACCCAGUUCAAAAUAUUGUUGAUAGUUGAUAAGAUAUGCAUCUUUGUACAUUUUAUCAAAGAAUUCCAAGGUAAAAAUGGAUGCAGCUCAUUAGCUACUACGAAGAAGAUGCAAAUAAUUCUUGAAUGCCAAUUUUAUGCGAAUUCAUUAUCUUAUGUGUUGUUUCUUCCAAUUUGAAGGAUUGGUCUACUUUUGAUGAUAUGUUGUUUGAGUAAUAGGGCACUGGAAUAUGCCUUCAUAUGGUUGAAGAUGAUUCAACUCUCUGGAAAGCCAGAAGGUAACUGUGAUGCACAGCUAGUGAUAUAAAAUCUGAAAGUAAACCACUUCUUUAUCCUUUUGCUUUCUAUUUCUAUAUUUAAGAUUUAAGUUGAGCCUGUGUGAUUCUUUCUAUUUGUCCAUAUUUAGUUGGGUUUACAUAAAGAAAAGGAUUUAUUAUGUGUACUGAUACAUUGAACUCUGAAAUAUUUCGGUUUUUGGGUAUA